AUCCCCACUUAUAGUAAAUGGCUAAAAUCUCCAUUUCACCAAUUAUUACUCUAGUUCUCAUACUAAAUGUGGUUUCAUACUCAGAAGCAGCACUUGGUGCUCAUUACUAUGAUCAAACAUGUCCACAGGCAGAGAGCAUUAUUUAUCAAACAAUUUGUAAUGCAUCUAUCUACGACCCUAAAGUCCCAGCCCGCCUUCUCAGGAUGUUCUUCCACGACUGCUUCAUAAGGGAAAAACAGGGAUGUGAUGCAUCAUUGUUACUCGACUCAACCCCAGAAAACAAAGCAGAAAAAGAUGGACCACCAAACAUCUCAGUUCGAUCAUUUUAUGUAAUUGAAAAUGCCAAAGCAAAGCUUGAAAAGGCAUGCCCUCGUACAGUUUCUUGUGCUGACAUAAUAGCAAUUGCGGCAAGAGAUGUUGUAGCAUUGUCUCAAGGUCCAUGGUGGCAUGUACUGAAGGGAAGGACAGACGGGCGGGUGUCAAAAGCUAACGAGACCAUAGACUUGCCUUCACCAUUUUCCAACACCACAACACUUAUUCAGAGCUUUGCUAAAAGGGGAUUAACUGUCAAGGAUUUGGUCGCACUUUCAGGUGGACACACUCUAGGCUUUUCACAUUGCUCUUCUUUUAGUGCCCGCUUACACAACAUCAGUGAUCCUAGCAUUAACAGCAAGUUUGCUAUAAACCUAAAGAAGAAAUGUCCCAUACAUAACAAAGAUCGUAAUGCAGGAGAGUUCCUAGACUCGACUUCUGCAAGGUUUGACAAUGACUAUUACAAAAGAAUUACUAUGGGUAAGGGUGUGUUUGGGUCAGACCAAGCUAUGUAUGGAGAUACAAGGACUAAACCGAUUGUCGAUUCAUUUGCCAAAGAUGAGAAACUAUUCUUCAGCGAAUUUGCAGCUUCAAUGGUCAAACUUGGAAAUGUAGGUGUCAAGGAAGAUGGCGAAAUUAGAGUGAAAUGUAGCAUUGUGAAUUGAUAUGUGAGGAUGUAAGGAAAAGGAAGAAAAUGAUUCUAACUUUUUUACAUAAUGAUUUGUUAUUUGACUUGAUUAUAUUUCAUAAAAAAGAAAAUAAAUCUUAGCCA